CUCUCUCUCUCUCCCCUCUCUGCAGGAGGCGUGGCUGACCUAUUUCCACUGAUGACGCUGGUGAUCAGCAACACCUGCCGUGGCUCAUCCUCACCUACUCCUGAUGAGCAAUCAGGAGGCUUCUUAAGCCUUUGCCGUCCCAGUCACCAGUGUCAGAUUGUUUUUGCUCAACCAGUGGUAACUCCUAUGACUUCUGCUGAGAUCAACAGGCACAUGCAGACUGAGUGCUCCACCACCAGAGUUAUCUGUCUAUCCUUGGAGUAGAUCCAUCAGACUCACCGUUAGCACAGUUGAAGUGGUCCACCUUCUUGAAUCCAGUAGGGCAGGCACAGGUGAAUGUCUUGUUGCUGGGGAGACACAGGUGGCUGCAGCCUCCAUUGUUGGUGCCACAGCGAAGUAAAGAAUGUUAUGGAUCCUUUUUUUUUUUUUUUAGUUCAUUUAAAUGCCACAGAAUACAUCUGGAUUUCACUCAGGGUCAGAAGACUCUUUGCUUUGUUUAACUGAUGCAGAGGUCAAGUCUGUUCAUGAUAUGAACUAACAUGAGCUAACGUGAUCAUAGCAGUUGUUUACAUAUCUCCAGGCGCAAAUGCUAAAGCUAAUGCUAAUGAGGCACUCGGGGAGCUACACGAUGCCAUCAGUGAGCUUCUGACCAAACACCCAGACAGCUUUGUUGUGGUCGCAGGGGACUUUAACCACACAAGUUUAAAGAAGGUGCUCCCAAAGUUCAAGCAAAUUGUGGACUUUAAAACCAGAGGAGAGAACAUUCUGGACUUGGUGUAUACAAAUACCCCAGACGCAUACAAGGCCCCACCACGCCCUCACCUCGGCCGUUCGGACCACCUUUCUGUAAUGCUGGUGCCCUCCUACAAACCCCUACUAAAGCGAAGCAGACCAGUGAAAAUACAAACCAGGACUUGGCCAGAGGGCGCAGUUUCGGCACUUAAGGACUGCUUUGCAUGUACGGACUGGGGGGUAUUCAAGACGGGAGCCUCCCAGGGAGUUCAGAUUGACAUUCAUGAGUAUGCUGAGGCGGUAACCGGCUACUUCGCUAAGGGCACAGAGGAUGUUACUGUACUGAAGACUUUCACUGCACGUGGCAACCACAAACCAUGGAUGACUUCAGAGGUGCGCUCGCUACUGACAGCCCGUGAUGCAGCCUUCAGGAAGGGGGACAAGACUGCUCUCCGUUCAGCUAGGUCUGCGCUCUCCAAAGGGAUCAAGGCAGCGAAGCGUACCUACGCUGAAGGAAUCCAGGGUCACCUCUGUGACACAGGGAACACCAGACGGAUGUGGCAGGGGGUCCAAGCGCUGACGGAUUACAAGUCCAAGCAGGCGGUCGACGACGCUUCUCUACCAGACAGGCUCAACAACUUCUUUGCACAUUUCGAAGCACCACACCCUACAACCAGAGGGAGGCACGGCCCUUCUCCAACUGCUGCGGGGCCAGCGCUCAUCAGGGAAAACCCUCAUGAGGGUCAACCCACGGAAAGCGGCAGGCCCAGAUAACAUCCCGGGACGUGUGCUCAGAGACUGCACUGAAGAGCUGGCAGAGGUACUGACCGACAUUUUCAACAUCUCCCUCAGCCAGGCCAUCGUCCCCAGGUGCUUCAAAACAUCCACCAUUGUACCUGUUGCGAAGAAACCAGUUGUAUCCUGUCUAAACGACUACCGUCCCGUCGCACUGACAUCUACUGUGAUGAAGUGCUUCGAACGGCUCGUCAAAUCACACAUCACAGCCAGCCUCCCUGCAACACUUGAUCCAUACCAGUUUGCCUAUCAUCCAAACCGCUCCACAGAGGACGCAAUAUCCACCACCUUGCACUCCGUCAUCACUCAUCUGGACCAUAGAGACACGUACGCCAGAGUCCUGUACAUUGACUUCAGCUCAGCCUUUAACACGAUUGUCCCCCAGAGACUAAUGGAGAAACUUUUACAAAAACAGGGUGUCUGUUUUUGUAUCCAACCUAAAGUGAGAGUGCGAUGCAGUUGCUAUAAGCUGCACUAAGUUUCCCUCACAUCAAGCAUGCUCACUGUUUUUCUGUCCACUGGUUUCUCCUGAUAACAGACAUGUCAAUGGUGGUUAAAUUUGACACCUCAGCUGAUCUGAUCCCAACUAAUCUAACCAGUAAACCCCAACCGCCCCAAAAAAAAGUUAAGUUGGAUACGGGUACCAAAAAGGUAUUAGCACCAGUAAUGGCAUUGAUUUAAAUUAGAAUGUUACUCAACCCUACUCACCUGUAGAUAUGAUGUCUUCAUGUCCUGUUCCAUUGAUGUUAGCUCUGCUGAUUUUCUUGACAAAUACACUUUUGCUGCGGGAAGCAAAACAUAAGAUGUGAGGAUACAAUUUGUCCUUUGCUUGUCUUUUUGAAACAGGCCUUUUUCAAAAUCGGAGAAAAUAUACAAACCUUCUUU